AGUCAGCUUUGUAUUUGUUUUGCAAAAUCAACAUGAAUGUUGGAAAAAAGAAUAAAAUUAUGUGAAAACUUUUAAAAAUAUAACGUGAGAGCAAUUAAGAUGUUUUCCCUUAUAGACUUUGGCAUUGAAACUAAUUUUUGUUAACUACUAUCUAUGAAAUUGACAUCGGUGUGGAAUUGUGUAUGUUUAUGUACACAACAUCGAAAGACAUAAAGACGAAAAAUUACAAUUAAUUGUCAUUUCUUCAAUUAAGCCGUGUCUGAUUUGAAAAUCGAUGGUAAAAUGGUGAAAAUAUUACAGGCCUACAAUUUUGCUAAGCAAAAUACUUUUGCUUUGAACGGUGAAAUAUUAUCGGCGACUCUAAUUGAUUCGAAUCGGAUAGCCAUAAGCAGCGCUGAGCAGUUUAUUGAAAUCUAUGAUAUUAUCGAUAGGCAACGAACAGCAGAAGAGCAGGAACCAGUUGCAAUACUGCCACCUGCACCUGAAGCAAACGCUCAAUCGUCUUCGGGAAGUUCCGGGCAAGUAACAACAGACAGCAAUGAUGAGAAAUCUCCAAACAAAUUCACUUUGGCAACGGUUGGAGAAGUUGUCAACCUCAUAUAUUGUGAAGCAGGAAAAUACCUGUUAACAUUAGAAAAGGAAACCGUAGGCAGUCCAGUACAUGCAACGACAUCGAGUAUCAGUUGCACCAGCAGCAGUAACAAUGCAGCAGUGUAUACGGAAGAUGACACUAAAAUGUUUGUGAGAAUUUACGCAAACUUUUGGAAAUUCCCCGAGUCUAAGCUGAUUGAUUUGCCCAUAACAAUAAGGAUUGCAUCAAUGACCACACCAAAAGCACCCUUAGUGAAAAGCAUCGAUGUCAUUGAAUUACCAUUACGCAGUCCACCGGAUUUAAUACAAUGUUGUCAGACUUCUGGAAAUAUUAUUGUAAGUAGCAAGGAAAGAAUUUAUCUCUAUGAAUACACCCAAUGCGUUCACGAGAGUACUCAGCCGCGAUUUAAAUACAUUGACUUUUUGCCAUUUAAAUUCUUUGUCAAUCUAAACUUUAUACCGCUGAGAUUGAAUUUGGCUGAAAAUGUCAUUGCUUGCAUGAAUAACCGUUAUUGCGUUGCAUUCCGUGUAAUCGAUGUUCUUGCUAGCAAUGUUUCCACAGCUGGCGAUGGUGGGGUAGGCGGAACAAUGAUGUAUGGUGAAGACUACGAUAUGGAAAACAAUGUGGAAAUCGAUGCUGAGGAGGUUGCAUUGAAUUCAGAAUCAAGUUUGGCUAGCAAAACUAGUGAUGGCCCCUCAACACACAGUCAUAACAGUUUUGAGACCGAUUCAUUGGAAACGAGUGCCAGCGGUCGUCCCUUAAAUGGAUUUCCCGGUAGGACGCCCAUUGAUUUUAACGUAGCUCGCAUGGUUAAUUCGGCAUGUGGACGCGAAUUUGAGGUGGAGUUAAAGUCACAGUGGGAACAAAAUGACGCUGAUGGUAACAAUGGAAAACCUAACAUAACAUAUGACACCCAGGAAAUAAUAAUAAUUCCAACCAAAGCUAACGAAAUAAAAAUAAAGUUAGUAAAUGAGGCUAAAGCUAUGAAUGUCCAGCGUAUUUCAAGCAAUGGCAAAAUUGUAUCUGCCUACAGUGAAGAAAACACGGUACAAUAUGACAUUCGCAAGCUGCUUCAAAUUUGUAUGAAAACAUCGGAGAGUGGUGGGGGCCGAGUCGUUGAUAUAUUACGAUGCAUGGAUCUGAAGGCUAUUUAUCAACGCAACGAUAACGAAACGGAUGAAAUUGUUGACCCCGAAUACGAUAUGGGUAAUCAACAGAUACCUGGUGCUAUAACGACAUCCAAACACAUCAAUCGACGAACUUUGAAAUCUCACAAGCAUCAGAGCUGCAUUGGUUUUGCCCUGCUUGUGGCCAGUAGUGUCGACGGUUAUUUGUAUACAUUUUGUGCUCAGGGCAAGUGGUACAAUGAAAAUGAGAAACCAAUAGCCACUUACUCCUUCACUGCCCCCGUUCUGCAUGUACACAUAAACGAUUAUGUCAUCUAUGCCAUUACAACAGAGUCUGUGGAAACACAUACAUCACGGAUUGGACACAAGCUAUUUAACAAUCGAUUCGAGUACCCAUCUUUGGCAGAACUAUUCCCCGAGGAGUCCAGUCCUGAUGUAAAUGCACCCAUUGCUGUAGUGGGUCUAUCCUCUUUUGUGCAUGUACAGUAUGUUUGUGUGAAUCGCAACAACGUUGUGCUAAUUAGCAACGGUGCUUUGGCCUCCAACUCCAGCUCUGCUGAGACGUCUGCGAAGCGCCGUAGCACUGGAGAAGGCAAACGUAAUAUAGCUGCUCGUAUCAUUGCAGAGGCUAAAGCCAAACAUAGUCUCUUGCGGCAUAGUCAUGCGAAUCAACCUUCUGUUACAAACGAGUGGACCUUGUAUAACCUUGAAGUGCCUGCUGUAGAACAAGUGAUUUUGGAUUUAGAACUAAUUGCUGAAACAUAUCGAUCGGCCAGUAGCUCUAACUUUUAUGAUCUCAUGGAGGAGGCCCAUGUUAUGCUGCGAAUGAGUACUUCAUUACAAUUUGAGAAGCUGAAUGAAGACCGGGAAUCUCUAUUGGGAGGCAAAUUUAAGGACAACUGUCGCAAAUUGGCAGAUUUUUCGAUCAGAUCGAAAAAGAAAGAAAUUUAUAUGCAAGCAUCAGGAUUUUAUAAAAUGUGCAACCUGCAGUUGUCGGAAAUUUAUGCCAACUAUAUCAAUAAUUUUCUAUACUUGGACGAGGAAAACGUAGAAAUGGUUCAUUCACCCAUCACUCCUGGCGAUGAUUCUUCCGCCACCAUUGAACCUCAACAGCUUGCGGGGCUUAUUUAUACUGUCAAAUUGUUUCUAAUGAAUUUGGGAACAAAUCGCUUGAAUGCCUCGUUUUUAAAUCAGCUUGUAAAGCCUUUCUUUACGCCAAGUCGUGUUGUCAAACAAGGAUUUACCCAGGUGCCGCUCUCGUUAGAGUUUUUAAAUCUAUUUAUCAAAUAUUCUCCCGGUGAACUACCGCAUAUCAUGUUGGGUUCUCCAGUUGUUGCCGACUCGAUUAGUGGUGAAAUUAUAAACUAUUUAAAGUUUUUAGACAACUUAAGCCCUGAGGACAACUUAUUAUUUGCAGUAACGGCCGCCCGUAUGUCGAAUUACAUACUAGCACAAGAUGUAAUCUCCCGCACAAAUAGGCACGAUUUAGCUGUGGCUCUAAUCAAGUACAAAAAUGUUAUGUUCGAUGAUACCACAACUUUGUACCAGAAACAAAAGCGUAAUAACACGAGUGACUAUAUUUGUAGCUCUCAAAAGCCUGUGCCAGCAAACCCCUGCAACAAACAGGUGAAACCUAAAUCCUCGCAAAAUAUUGGUCAAAGUAAUGAGGUGAUUUCAUUCUCCGACUUCACUGAAGCUAUCUUGUUGGCAACCGAGAAAAGUGACUUGAUUGAAGCGAUAAGCGAUGUUUUUAUACAUGCGUUAUGUGUGGAACGUAGCAUUACAUUGGAGAUGGUGUUGACGCUAUUUUUAAAUUAUAUAGCCUCACAUAUAGGCCAAAAAGGCUAUCAAACCUCGCAAAAAGUCUUUGUUAAUAUUCUACAGGUUUACUACUAUGAUAUAUUCGAUGUGAGUCCCUUGAAUACUGCCCAAGACGGGCCCAGCAAUAAUACACCUCCUCAGACAGACGACGAAUAUGAGGAAGGUGAUCGCGACAGUGAGUCUAUUGGAAAUUCCAGCGGCGAAAGUAACUCAGUGCCUACAUCUUCCGCGGAAGAAAUGCGAAACUCUGGGCAUUGCAAUCGUAUAGUGUACGAUCAGUUACAGGAUCAACAGUCGCCCUUCAAACGAAAUUUAAAUACCUCGCCUUCGCUUCUCACAACUGAUGAGCAGCAAAAUGAAACCGAGAUAAAUAGCAAAGGUUUGAAAAUAUUGUUUCGCAUGUAUAUGGGCCGUCUCAGGGCGCUGAGCGAUUUGAUUACAGACCUACAAUCUGCUGAUGUUGAGCAGCAAUCGUUAAAUGAAGAUUUUCUUAAUUUACGUAUGGAGUGCAUUGCUUUUAUGAUAAGACAUUUGUUGGAAAUGAGGCUUCAGCAACAACAUCUGAACACAAGCAAAAUGAAUCUUCUGUACUAUGGAAAGACGGGAAACACAUCUGGACGUAUGGAGCCGAAAUCGUUAAAUCUAUUAUUUUUACCCGAUUACAAACUAAAUGGGGAAGAAUUUGAUCGACACAUUAAAUCGUUUGUACGUCCCAUACCAUGCUUAUUGGAGAGGCCACAGUACCUUAAUCGGUUACCCCCCUUUAGGCGGGGUGAUUUCAGCUACCCCAAUAUUGAUGAGGGCGAGACGGAUGUGCGUUUUGUUGGCUGGCACAAUGAGUUACUUACACUAACACUAAAAAUUCAGUCGUUAUUGGCUUCAUCGAAAAUCGAAGUUGAUAUAAUUGAAGAAUUUAUUGCUUUUGUGCAGGAGACUCCAAAUCUCUUGGGAAUCGACAGUUUUUUGGUCAUAAUAUUGCCAAAGAAUUUGGCCAUCAACUACAUGUUAAAUUUUUGUCCAGAGUAUUUGUGGCAAUAUGGAAAGUCUAACAAUUUUUCACCAAAGCAAUGGGAGUCUCUGUUUAAAAAAAUUUUGAGUAAAAAGGAACUCUUACCCAACUGGAAAUCAUAUGUAACUGAAAUUCUUAAUAACUUGGUGGCUGAUUGUAAUUUUGAAGAAUUAUUGCAAUGUUUUCCCAGCGAGGUGAUUCCAAGCCGUAACGCCGAAUUAUGGACCAAAGAAUUCAAUACUGAGUGUGUAGCAGCAAUUGAUACAAACAAUGGAGGACUGAUAUUUGAAGAACCCAACGAUAAUAUUCUUAAACGGGUUCACAUGCCCAUGGAUAAUGUCGACGAGAGCAAUGUGUUCGAACUGAUAUUGAGGAAAGCUGUCUCAAAACAACGUAGCAUUGCUUUACGUUCCAUGAUCGAGUCCACUGGAAAACAAUUAUUCGACGCCACUAGUAAUCCAAUGUAUAAUCUUUAAUUAUUAAACAAUUUAUAGAUUGUGAGAUGUAGGGAUGCGGAGCACGUUUAUAGUGAAUGAGAAGAGCUAGUUCUGAAGGUUGUGCUACAACGAAUAUUUUCGUUUUUCUUCAAUAUUGGCUAUGCCAUAUUAACCCAUAACAAAUAGUCAUUAAUACGAUCUCAAAUGUUUAGGAACAAAUAGAUGCUGAAUAUCGAAUUCGCUAUAUGCUGUUCUAAUGAAUGUGUAGUAGUUAGAAAAUAUUAAAUUAGUUUAUCUUUGAAUAUCUUGCAAUAGAUUUCAAACAAAAAAUGUUACAUUUUAAAUAUCCAAAUAUUUACAUUAUUCUAUAUUUAUUCUUUCGAUAGUAUACGUAUACCUACUACAACACAUAUGCAAGUAAUAUUAUUGAUCUUAAGAUUCCAUCAACUUUACAAAUUAUUCUACAUCCUUAAAAGUUUCGUAAAUUUCCAUGCAUUAUGUAACCGACAAAUGUGUGCGGAAAAUCUAAGAUAUUAACUAAUACAUACAACUUAAUGUAUUACAACACUAGUGCACAAUGUUUUUACAAAUUUAUUUUUUAUCAUUAACGGUUUAUUAUUCAUAUUGAUUCCAUUCCAAACAUGCUGAAGGAACAUGUAUUAAAGGUAUUUUUUGUUUUUUAUACCCUCCACCAUAGGAUUGGGCUAUAAUAAUUUCGUCGUUCCGUUUGUAACACCUCAAAAUAUUCGUCUAAGACCCCAAAGAUGUAUAUAACAUAUAUUCAUGGUCGUCAUGACAUUCUAAAUCGAUCUAGCCAUGUCCGUCCGUCUGUCCAUCCAUCUGUCCGUCCGUCGAAGCACUCAAACUUUAAAAAGAGUAAAGCUAGGCACUUGAAAUUUUGUACGAAUACUUUUUAUUGGUGUAGGUCUGUUGUGAUUGUAAAUGGGCCAUUUCUAUCCAUGUUUUGAUGUAGCUGCCAUAUAAACCGGUUUUGGAUCUUGGCUUCUUGAUCCACUGGAGGGCGCAAUUCAUAUCCGAUUUGGCUGAAAUUUUGCAUAAGGUGAUUUGUUAUGGCUUCCAACAAUUGUGCUAAGUAUGGUUCAAAUCGGCCCAUUUCCAGACUUAGCUGCCAUAUAAACCGAUCUGGAAGCUUGACUUCUUGUUUUGUCUCGCAGCAACUAUGCCAUGUAUGGUCAAGUCGUUUUAUAACAUGAUAUAGCUCCCAUAUGAACCGAUCUCCCGAGCCCUUACUUGAGCCCCUAAAGAGCACAACUUUUAUCCUAAUUGGCUGAAAUUUUACACAAUAACUUCUACUAUGGUUUCCAACAUGCAAUCCAAUUAUGGUCUGAAUCGUACCAUAACUUUAUAUAGCUCCUAUAAAAAGAUACCAGGCAAAGAACUCGACAAAUGCGAUCCAUGGUGGAGGGUAUAUAAAAUUCGGCCCGGCCGAACUUAGCACGCUUUUACUUGUUAUAAGCAUACAAAUACUGACGGACUUCAGGUCAUACGGAAGCUGCCAUUACACGAUGAGACAUGUCGUAUGUAAUUUCAAAUAUAACACAAAUUUAAUAUGAAAACUGGAUAUUGGAAUAAAUAUGCAACGUUUUCGAUUGAAUCGAGCUUUUAUUUCAUCGAAUAUACAUGUAGACACAUGUUUAAAAAAAGUACAAUGCAUAUGACAAUACAUGCCGAUUGGAGCGCGCUCUAAUCGUAUAUGACGGACAUAGGACAAGUCUUAUGAAUACAGAAAGUGACAGCUCAUAUGACAUGUCUAAUCGUCUAAUAGGAGUUUAAAUUAUACGAGUAUAUAUUAUCAACAUCAACAUACAAAUUCGUAAUUAUGUAUUUUGAGUGUUGAUUGGUUUUUUACGCAUGUUAUUUAUAUUAGAUUGACUGCGACAUGGAUUUUGUUAUACAUUCCCAAGGAAAUCUUAACUAGAAGAUCUUAGAUCUUGCUGUGAAAUGGCUUCAUGUAUGACCAAACAGUUUGAUUUGUUCGGCCAAACACUUUUGUAUUCAUACUUAUAAUUAGUUUUACUUAAGUUUUCUUAACGAAAGUUUUUGCUUUUAAUUUAUUUUUUUUUAACGAUAAUACUCUAAAUUUGUCAAUAAAGUGAUAUUUCAAUUAGAUAAAGUUCAUAA